AUGGACGCAGAGCAGCAGGAGGCGGCGCUGCAGCAGCCGGCAGAAGAGGAGCAGCAGCAGCAGCAGCAGGUGCUGCUGCAGUCGCCAGCAGCAGCAAGUACGGGCUCCCGCUCGAGGAGGUCUGAGAAGCGAACCGAAGGCAACAGCCGCAGCAGAGUCCGCCAGUCGCAGCAGCAGCAGCAGCAGCAGAGCAGCACCCGUCACCAGCGUGCGAGCGCAGCAGCAGCAGCAGCAGCAAGUCCUGCUGCUGCUGACGGCGACGCAGCUGCAUCAGCUUUAGAAGGGCACCGGCUGCGGCUGCAAAACUACGAGCAGCAGCAGCUGCUGCUGCAGCAGCAGCGGGAGAACGUGCGCAGGAGAAUGCUGCUGACGCAGAAGCAGCUUGCGGCGCUGCAGCAGCAGAUACACCUCAGCCCAGUGGAGCUGCAGGCGCAAACAGCAGCAUUGCAGCGGCAAAUGGCGGAGGAGCAGCAGCAGCAGCAAACAAUUGACCAAGAGUUCGCUGCGCUGCAGCUGCGAAUCGGAGAGCUGACAGAGUCCCUUGCUGCUGCUGCUGCUGCUGGGGGCGCUGCAGUGAGUCCCGCACCGUUCAAAGCAGCAGAACGCACGCAGCAGCAGCUGCUGACCCCGGAAGCAAGCAGCAGCAGCAGCAGCAGCUGCUGCACAGGAAACGGCGACAUUCAAAGGGCCACUGCUGCGGCGCAGCAGCAAUUGCAUGCAGCAGAAGACACACUGCAGCAGGCUCCUGCUGCCCCACACUUAGCAGCAGCAGCAGCAGCAGCACUUGGUGCUGCUGUUCCUGCAGCGCCGCAGCAGCAACAACAGGCACUUCCUAGUGCCGCAGCAACAAACUUGUCACAACAACAGCAGCAGCAGCAGCAGCCAGAUGUGGCUACAGGCAGCGAGGUUUUUUCUAGCGUAACUUGCAAUGGGGUGCUGCGGCGGAUGCAGCCGGAUCUGGCGGGGCAGCAAAUACAGCAGCAGCAGCCGCAGCAGCAUCACUUAGUGUUGCCGCAGCAGCAGGACCUGCUGCUGCGAGAGCAGCAGCAAUUGCUGCAGCAAGCCGCAAUGGCCCAACUUGACGAAAUGAAGCAAAAUGCAGGGCAGCAGCAACAACAGGAACAGCAACAGUUGCAGCAGCAGCUGCAGCAGCAGCAUCAGGAGCAGCAGGCGCUUGUGAAUAGUGAUGAGGGCCGCCUUGCAGCAGAAGGCGCAGCUUGA